AUGCCAACUAUUGACAACAUUCAAAUUCACAUUUACUCGGAUGGCAUGCCACUUCCGGAGUUUGGUCACAAGACAAGUGGCGAGCGGACAAAAUAUCUCAAGGCGACCUGUUAUAUCCCAGCCGAAGCCGGAAAGCCUUUUCAAGUUCGUUGCGACUGGAACAGGCGAGCAAGGCAUGACUGGGAAAUCAGGACAUUCUGUGACGAAGUGGCUGUUGAGACAAUGUCACUACAGCGGGGAAUGAAAGCCUGGUCGUUCGAGAAACCACGCAAGAUGGAUAUCAGUACUGGCGGAGAGCACGAAGGCACAGGGAAUCAAGACAAUAAUUCUCUCCUGAAGCAGACGGAGAUUCACGAACGAAAGAAGGAAAGGUUCAGCCAUCGCAUCACCAGAAUCGGCCAAAGGCUCGCGAGUGAAGACAGGCAACUCGAGCGUAUAGAUGCCAGUGCGGCGAUCAAUGAUGGUUCGGAAAAUGACGAGGGCGACGGUGAUAUUGAAUCUGGUGAAGAACUUGGGAGAUCCAACUCUCUAAUUCCUCCAUACAUUCGCACAAAGGAUAAGACGCCUCAGUCUCAAGAGGCCGUGCAAGGUUAUCCAUACGCAAUGUUCCACCUGCAGCGCUGA